GAAGAGGAGGAGGAGGGUCCCCAGUUCCCCUGCUUCCCUUGUCUGGAGGAAGAGGAGGAGGAGGAGGGGGAUGGGGAAGAAGAAGAGGCGAUGGAGAGGCAGCAGGGAUGCUGAGCGUGAGAGGAGCCAGCGGGGGAGCCUGGGCAGGCGCUGCUGAAGGAGAGCUUUCCCUGUUUCCUCUCUCUGCCUGCCUUCUCUGCUGCCUUGUGGCUGGAGAAAGACUGAAGAAGGCCCUCCGAAGAGGAGGAGGCAUGGAGGGGACCCAAGGGAAGGGGCCAGCCAGGGGCUGCUGAAGGAGGAGGCUCCCGGCCUUCCUGGUGCCUGGAGGUGGGUCAACCAAGAGGAGGAGGAGGAGGCCCAGAGGAAGGCCAAGGAGGAGGAGAUGGGGAUGCUCCAGCUUGAAAGGAACAGGCGCUACUGAAAGAGAAGGGUCCCGGUCUACCGGCUUCCCUUGUCUGCUCCUGGAAGAGGAGGAGGAGGAGGGACAUGGAUGCUCCAGCUUGAAAGGACUAGGGGGCGGUGGAGCGGUCUUCCCGUAUCCCUUGCCUGGUGUCUGGAAGGCAAGGAGGAGGAAGGGAGACUGAGGAAGAGGCGGAGGAGAGCCAGGAGGAGAUGCAGAUGGAGAUGCUCCAGCUUGAGGGGACCAGGCUGAGGAGGACUGUCAGGAGUUGCUGAAGGAAAGAGGUCCCAGUCUACCCGCUUCUCCAUCAGGUCAUCCAGGAGGAGGAGGAGGAGGAGAUGCCAUAGCUCCAAGGGAGCAGGCGGUGCUGAGGGAGGGGGUCCCUAGUCUCCCUGGCACCUGCAGUCCUGCCUCCUUGGGGCCCCAUGGCCAAUGCCAGCCGUGUCCCCCCGCUGCCCAGCCCAGGGGGCCUCCUCCUCAGUACCUCAGGCCUGAAGCUGACCACACUGGGCCUGAUCCUGAUCCUGAGCCUGGCGGGCAACCUCCUCUUUGCCUGGCUGAUCCUGAAGGAGCGGCACCUGCGCCGGGCCCCCUACUACCUCCUCCUGGACCUCUGCCUGGCUGAUGGGCUCCGCUCCCUGGCCUGCUUCCCUUUCGUCAUGCUCUCAGUGCACAGUGGGGGGCGUUCCUGGCCCCACGGCCCCCUGGGCUGCAAGGUCCUGGCCUUCCUAGCCGUCCUCUUUUGCUUCCAUGCCGCCUUCCUCCUCUUCUGUGUGGGGGUCACCCGGUACAUGGCCAUCGCCCACCACCGCUUCUACGCCAAGCGCAUGACGGGCUGGACCUGCCUGGCAGUGGUCUGCAUGGUCUGGACCCUCUCCAUGGCCAUGGCCUUCCCGCCGGUCUUUGACGUGGGCACCUACAAGUUCAUCCAGGAGGAGGAGCAGUGCAUCUUUGAGCACCGCUACGUCAAGGCCAACGAUACUCUGGGCUUCAUGCUCAUGCUCGCUGCCAUCAUCGCCGCCACUCAUCUGGUCUACAUCAAACUCCUCUUCUUCAUCCACAGCCACCGCAAAAUGAAGCCUGCUCAGUUGGUACCGGCCAUUAGCCAGAAUUGGACUUUCCAUGGACCAGGGGCUACUGGGCAGGCGGCUGCUAACUGGACAGCUGGCUUUGGCCGUGGUCCCACCCCUCCAACUUUGGUGGGCAUCCGACAGAACGCCACCCAUAGUCAGAUCAAGAGGCUGCUGGUCCUGGAGGAGUUCAAAAUGGAGAAGAGGAUCUGCAAGAUGUUCUACAUGAUCACCCUGCUGUUCCUGCUCCUCUGGUCUCCUUACAUUGUGGCCUGUUACUUGCGUGUCUUCAUCAAGGCCAGCGCUAUCCCCCAAGUCUACUUGACCACUUCAGUCUGGAUGACCUUUGCCCAGGCAGGGGUCAACCCCAUCCUGUGCUUCAUUUUCAACAGGGAGCUCAGAGUCUGUUUCAGAGCUCACUUUCUCUGCUGCCAAAGCAUGCAGAACACCCAAGGCACCAUUCUCUGUGAUCUGAAGAAUUUGGGGAUGUAGCUUUUCUUCUUAUGUACAAGAACAAUCUACUAAUCGCUGUGCUUUUCUUUUACGUAAAUAUGCACUUGCCAGAUGGUUAUCUUAAGGAGAUACCUCGGCCUCCUACCACCCUUCAGUUUUAAGAGGGUAUUUAUUUAUUUAUGUGUUAUGGGAUUUUUGUGCAGCAGGGGGUGGGGGAGGGCAGGCUGCAGAAAUAUGGAAUAACAGAGGGCUCCAGAUUGCUUGGAUGCUUUUAACAUUUCUACAUCUGAUUCUGAUAUGGAUAAAAAGGCCAUAAUGUUGUGUUCAGAUUUGUUUUUUGGGCUUUUUUUUAAAAAAAAACUUGCCAGUUUUGAUAAAGGCUGAACAGUUUUAUUCAUGAUGUGCAAUUUGAUAAAUAGCCAAGACAAAAUUUUAUACUAAAGUUAUUUUUGAUGGCCUCAGUCUGUUGUAUUACAGUGUUUGUUUUUAAAGGGUAAUGAAGAAGGAGAAACUGGUUUAGAUGUCGGUUCUCGGUGAGGACCUUUGGAAUUAUUAUUAUUAUUAUUUUGUAAGCAGAAACUUUGUUAACUUUGCCUAAACUAGAAACACAGGAUGCAGUCCUAACCUACAUCCUAAUUGUCUUCUCAAAUUAUCAGGUCAUUUUCUAUUGACCUAAAAAGAACUAGAUUCACUUGCUCCAAUGUUGAACUGAGUGAUAUUUUUUGUGUUUCACUUUUUCUUUGAUAUACUUUUCAGAAUCCUUUGAAAAAAUGAUGAUUUUUAAAAGCAAGAGGAUCACAUAUCAACUUUAAGAAUGGUCAAUGCCAGGUUUUUAAACUAUACUGACUUUCAUACUUUAAUGUCUUUUUAAAAUGUUAUCUACAAACCAGAUAAUGUGUGUACAUUUUGACUGUUUUAAUAAAAUCAUUGUCCAGUUUUUGUACAUGG